AUGUGGCAGAAAGUGGCAGCUGAUUUGUUUGAACUAAAAGGCAAGCACCACCUCGUAGUAGUAGACUACUACUCACAGUACAUAGAAGUGUGUCACCUACACGAGAUAUCAUCGGAGGCUGUCAUAGCGCAGUUGAAGUCUACGUUUGCCCGUCACGGCAUACCUGAGGUGCUCCGAUCAGAUAACAGGCCACAAUUUACGUCACAAGCAUUCGGAAAAUUUAUGAGAGCGUACCAGGUACAACACACUACAAGCAGCCCUCACUAUCCGAAAAGCAACGGAGAGGCUGAGAGAAUGGUCAAAGUGGCCAAGGACAUACUGAAGAAAGCUGAAGACCCAUACCUGGCGUUGCUGAUAUAUCGGACAACCCCAGGACCCUGUGGAUUCACGCCAGCCCAGCUACUUAUGGGAAGGCAGCUGCGAACAACACUCCCUACUUUACCAUCGCAGCUAAUCCCAAAGAUGCCGAACCACCUGGAGUUCCGAAAACAAGAUAAAGAAGAGAAGCAAAAGCAGGCUCAAGGAUAUAACAGAAGACAUGGAGCCAGCAUCCGUAAGGAGAUGUCAGCAGGAGACACCGUUUGGGUCAGGGACCCCGGGACAGCAGGACAGGUUGUACAGAAAACCAAUAACCCAAGAUCCUGGGUGGUAAGGACACCAGUCACGGAAUUAGUCAGGAAUACACACCACUUGGUCCCAGCAACGGUUCCAAGAUGUGGUUCACAGACAGUGGAUACAGAUGACGAAAAUGCAGCUUCGGAGCAGGACACCAGUGAUGAAGACCUGUGUUCUUUGCCUCCAGAACCUGAGCAAAGCAAUGAUGAGAAUGAGGUACCCCAAGUAUUCUCAAGGUCUGGUUGA